UACGCUUCAUUGUCUGCGCGAGUCGGUUCGUCUUCGGCUCGAGUGCGAAUCGUUGUUGGAUUUAGACAAAUUCUGGAGUUCAUUUUUGGGUUGAUUAAGAGGUCAACACAGGAGUGGCCUCUUCCUCGGUCAGCGUUAAAAAUCUUCAGAUACACUCGGGUUUCUGGUGUUUAUUCCUUUGUAAAUACUCUUAUUUGUAUAUACUGUAAAUGAUGACAUCAGUAGGAGGCAACCGGAACCGGGCUACCUGGGAGCAGACACAGACACAGAGCCAGUCACAGCACAAGCAGAGGCCUCAGGCCACAGCUGAGCAGAUCCGACUCGCGCAGAUGAUCUCGGACCACAACGAUGCUGACUUUGAGGAAAAGGUCAAGCAGCUAGUUGACAUCACUGGGAAGGACCAAGAUGAGUCUAUGAUAGCGCUACACGACUGCAAUGGAGAUGUGAACAGAGCCAUCAAUGUGCUGCUGGAGGGCAGCCCUGACAUCGAUUCAUGGGAAAUGGUGGGGAAGAAGAAGAGCGUGUCAGGCCAGAAGGAAAUUGCACAGACGGACGGAGUAGAAGAAAUGAAGGAAAAUCGAGAGCGAGGAGGAGAGCGAGAUGUAGCACGUCGUAGAGGAGGCGCUCCGAGGAGGGGGCGCGGAACCAGCCGCGGACGAGAGUUUCGGGGUCAGGAGAACGGCUUGGACGGCGCUAAAGUGAGUGGAGUAGUGGGCAGAGGGAUGGAGCGUGGCCGUCGAGGACGAGGCAGAGGGAGAGGUGGUGCUGGUAGGAGAGGUGGAAGGUUCUCAGCUCAGGGUAUGGGUACGUUUAACCCAGCAGACUACGCUGAGCCAGCACAGACAGAGGACAGCUAUGCCAUGGGAAGCACUUGGAGUAACACGGGCAGCUUGGAACCUGAAGAUGGUGCCAGACUCGAAUUUACUGGAGGAGAAGGAACAAAUUACGCACGGAAAUUUGACUCUGCUCCUGGUGCAUGGAGAACUCCUACAGAAGAGUGGGGCACUGAGGACUGGACUGAGGAUUUAUCAGAGACAAAGAUCUUCACUGCCUCCAGCGUAGUGUCCAUGCCCAUGCCUCAGGAGAAUGUUACCAUAACAGCUGGACAGAGGAUUGAUUUAGCAGUGCUUUUGGGGAAAACUCCACCCACCUCCUCUUCUGAGACGGAAUCUGCUCCACUAGAUGCCCCUCAGCCCCCAUCUCUAUCCCAGUCUCUGGUUUUUAGCAACUCUAAGCAAUCUGUCUCACUCUCCCAGCCCUCCUCCAACACCACGUAUAAUCAGCACAACAUGGUGAGCAUGCUCGGUAAGGGUUUCGGUGAAGUGGGAGACUCUAAGGGCAGCAGUGGAAGCUCCACCAGUGGCUCCCAGUUCCUGGAGCAGUUCAAGACAGCGCAGGCUCUGGCCCAGCUUGCAGCGCAGCAUUCCCAGAGUGGCCCAUCCAGCACAGGCCCCUCUAGCUGGGAGUCCAGUCCUGCUCCCCUGGCACAGUAUGACAUGAAGUCUCAGACGGACACGGCAGGUCCCUUCACCAAGCGGCAGCCGUACCAGCCCACCUCCUCCGCCGCAUCCUCCAUAAUGGACGCCUUCCUGCAGGAGAAAGGUCCUACCCCCUCCACUGCCUCUUCCCAGCCACCCCCUUCCACCACUCUGGCCCAAACCGUCUCGGCUCUGAAGCCUUCAGGGCCCACAGUUGGCCAGCAGCAGAUCCCUUUGGGUCCUUCUGAGCCUCAGGCCUCCAGUCCUCUGCCUCUACAGCAGCAUAAGCUUAAACAUCAAAAGAAGAGAACCUCCAUCAGCACCAAGAUCCCUGCUUUAGCAGUGGAGAUGCCAGGUUCAGCAGACAUCCCCGGACUCAACCUGCAGUUUGGUGCGUUACAGUUUGGCUCUGAGCCUGUCCUGCCUGAGUACGACACCACAGCAGCCGCCACCACCACACCAGGCAAUGCCACUCAGAACAGCCUGUACACCAGCGCCAACAGUGAGCAGGCUCCUGCUCUUUCCAACACCACUCAGAUGGAGCUAUACGAGCAGCGAGCGAGCCAGACCCGGCGCUACCCUCCCUCCGUUUCCUCGUCUCCACAGAAAGACUUGCAGCCCAAGAACGGAUUCAGUUCAAUACAGACAACACAGUCUCUGGAAGCAGCAGGCGGCUCUGCCGUGUCUGUGAAACCAGCCUCUGACUCCACCGCUCCAUCCUCUGUGUCGAACAUGUCGUCACUGUCAGAGCCGCCCUCGGGCCCCGUCUCUCACCUGACCACAGCCAGUCAGACACCUCUCACACCUCUUGGACAUGAAGACCCCUCCUCCAAUACCAUUGUUCCUCCACAACACAAUUCCCUUUCCACACCACAGAGCAGUUUGGCUCCUUCCACAGUCCGAACCUCUAACACUGGCUUACUGCACCCGAAUGUGGAUGGAGACUCAAGCUUGCACUCGUCUUCCUUCUCCUCGGUCUCUGCAGUGGCCUCCACCAUUCCCCCUUCAUCCACAGUCUCCUCCUCUUCAUCCUCGGUACCCAUCUCCCAUAAUCCUGUUCCUCCUUCCUCUUCCACGGUCAGUGCUGCCUCUGCACAGAUAAGUCUGGGGCCAGUCAGUAGUCUGGCUAUGGGCUUGAACAGUGCAGGUGGAGUUGCCUCUAUUGUCCCUCUGACUGCUGCAGCUGCUGCAUCUUCGUCAGUGGCCUCCGCUUCAGCCAUACCAUCAUCUGCUUCAUCACGCAGCACGGCUGCCUCAGGGAAAGCGCCUCCAAACCUGCCUCCUGGAGUGCCUCCUCUCCUGCCCAACCCCUACAUCAUGGCUCCUGGUCUGCUUCAUGCCUACCCGCCCCAGGUGUAUGGCUAUGACGAUCUGCAGAUGCUCCAGACAAGAAUACCACUGGAUUACUAUAGCAUUCCAUUUGCGACCCCAACAACAGCACUGACGGGCAGAGACGGCGGUUUGACCAGCAACCCUUAUUCUGCUGGUGAUCUAACAAAGUUUGGUCGUGGGGACACUUCAUCUCCUUCUCCGGCCACCACGCUGGCUCAGGCCCAGCAGAGUCAGACCCAAACUCACCACACCACGCAGCAGCCCUUCCUGAACCCCGCUCUGCCCCCCGGCUACAGCUACACCAGUCUGCCGUACUACACGGGCGUGCCCGGCCUGCCCAACACUUUCCAGUACGGCCCUGCUAUGUUCCCGGUAGCAGCUACGUCCUCCAAACAGCACGGGGUGAAUGUCGGCGUCAACGCUUCAGCCACAGCCUUCCAGCAGGCUAGUGGAUACGGAUCCCAUGGAUACAGCACUGGCUAUGAGGAUUUGGGCCAGGCUUCAGCAGGGAGCGGGGAUUUCUGUAAGGGCGGCUACGGCAAUGCUGUGGCUGCUGCUGCUGCUGCCGCUGCUGCCGCUGCUUCUGCUCAAAACAAACCAGCCAGCUCAGUCACCGCGCCCGGAGUGGGAGUCUCUGUGACAUCCAGCAACACGGGUGUCCCUGACAUUUCAGGGUCUGUUUACACAAAGACACAGUCCUUUGAGAAGCAGGGUUACCAUGCAGCAGCAGCAGCACCAGGAGCUUCGUUCAGUGUGCCAUCAGCACUGGGCAGCGGCGGCCCCAUCAACCCCCCGGCUGCAGCACCGUAUGCCCCGGCGCCUUUCAUGCACAUCCUCACUCCUCAUCAGCAGGCCCACUCACAGAUGCUGCACCACCACCUACAGCAGGACACCCAGGCCGGCUCCGGACAGCGAAGUCAGAACGCUUCCAUUCAACAGAAGUCCCAGAUCAACAAGUCUACUUACAACAGCUACAACUGGGGAGGCAAUUAACUUUCACGGUUUCCAAUCUGGUGUCCAAAAAAAAAAAAAGAGGCUGAAAUUAGGGGACCCUUCUCUUCCACUUUAAAUCAUCUGCGGCGCUGUUCUUUCGCUUCUCCCUGUCCGUUUGCCCUACAGUACUCCUCCAUAGCCGUGGUGGUACUCCACUAAAGCGGUAGUUGUGUAUGUGUGUGUCGGUGGAAUGGAGGGGUGACGACUGGAGAGGGAGAAAGGGGAAACUCACAGCCAGGCAUAGUGUUUGCAGUUUGUAUUGAGUUUCAUCUCUCCUUUCAUUCUGUCAUUAUGUAUGUAACAUAGAGCUAUUUUCUAAACGAGUUUUUUGUAACUGGUGGAAGAGAAGUUGGGAUCAUGGCUUGGCAGGUAGUCUCCUGCCCCUACUUGCACCCUGCUUGAUUUAAACCCAAAAAAUAUAUAUCAAAGUUAUACACGAGGGCACAAAGAUAUGAGAGAUGUUCCAGGUGUGUGGGAAUGUGAGUUUUCUAGAAACCCCUUUGUUUCUCAUGCUUAAUUUGAGAGUCUGUGUUGUGUGUAAAUGGACUCCAUUUUGUUUGAACCCUUUCAAUCAUCCUAAGAUUAUUGUACAGGCUUUGCAAAUGAAGAGGACGCUGUUCACAUUCACGCAUAUCCAUCUUCUUUAUAUUAUGCAUAAGGUUUUUUUUUUUCCCCUUUCUCUCUCUUUCCCCAUGGAAGAGGGGGGUGUUUAUGCUUAACUUGGCACGACCUUUGAGGUAUCACCGUCUGUCUGCUCUUACUGGAGAGCUUGCCGUAUACGUACAUCACCUCGUAAGUGUGUCCUCCUCAGACAUUAUAUGUGGCAAUGUUCUGCUCCCUUUCCCAUAUUUUAUUGAUUUUCUGUUAAUUAGAAAAGUAUGAAUGGAUAGAUUUGUAUUAUCAGUUUCCUUAUAUUUUUUUUUGUCAGUGGCUCUUUCUUUUUGUACUGUGCGUUUUAAAAGGAAAAAAAUAAAUGGAUAAAUUUGUCCUGUACAUACAUAUACAUAUAUAUAAAAACACAAGUACUGUAGUCCACAUUUGUUCGAUGGCUUUCCCUUCCUCAAUUCUUUACACAUAGACCUAACGUUUGUUUCAUAUUUUUUUUUAUUUUGUAAUAUAUAUAAAUAUUAAGUAAAUAAACAAGAAAAAGACA